AUGUAUCGUAAACUGCUGUAUAGUAUAACCAUAGUGAUAAUAUUCCACAUUGCAUCCACACAGAGCCAAUCGUACGAAGAUAAACGGUGCAAAUGCAUCUGUCCGAGCUUCAAGAAGGUGGAUAACACCACGCAGGAGGGCACCGAUCGGAUGCUGAUCAUCGAUAAUGUACCACCGAACAAAUGCAACUGCGACGGUGUCAUCCUGCCCCGGCUAGCGAACAAGAUCCCUAAUGUAAAGGGGCAAGAGAUCUGUCCGCGGUGUGACUGCAAGUACGAGAACCGCAACACGACCAUCAUAAAGGUCGUUGUUAUCAUUGUGAUAUGGAUCAUUUCGCUGCUCGUUAUCUACAUGCUGUUCCUGAUGUGUUUGGAUCCGCUGCUGAACAAGCGCGUGAAAGCUAACUACCAGGAGCAUACGAAUGAAGAUGACGAUACGGCCGUCACUGUGGGCAAUGGGCAGGAUAUGCAUGUGCGCGAAAACAACGUGCUAAACCGGGUUGGCCACCAGCAAGACAAAUGGAAGCGCCAGGUACGUGAACAGCGGCGUAAUAUCUAUGAUCGGCACACGAUGCUCAACUAA